GCCCUUUAAAAUUCUAGUUUUAAAGUGCUCCAUUGCUUUUCGACGUAAAGAUCAAAAUGAAAAAUAACUUUUGUUGUAAUAACAGCAAUUAAAAUGAAAUAUGUACUACACUUUCCUAUGGGUAUUGCUUGAUUAUAAGAAAUUAUGAAUCGUCAUCAAGUGCUUACUGGAGCUGCUAAUGCUGGUGACCACUGUUAUUCUGUUGGCAGUGUUGAAGGAGUGCCUUUUACUGCUUAUGCAUCUGGAUGUAACAUAGUUAUUUUAGCUAGCAAUUUUCAAAGAGUACAGAUAAUACCUGGUCUCAUUCAUGGCAAUAUUCAAGUAGGAUGUUUAGACUCUUCAACUGAUGUUGGAAAAAUUGCUGCUUCUUAUGGCAAAGAUGUUUGCAUAUUUGAACCAACUCCUUUACUACACCAAUCUUCUAGUCAUCGUUUAGAUUAUCAGUGGGUACAGACUGCUGUUAUUAAAACAGAAUAUCAAGUGCAAGUUUUGUCAUGGAAUUUGUCAGGUACUCGACUUCUAACUGGAGGUGGAAGCAUUCAAUUAUGGCAACUAUCUGCGGCUGCAGUAGAUGAUGUUAUUGAAGAAGAACCUACAAAUAUUCAGGUGAAAUGCACUGCUGAGGAUGGUUUAAUAACAGAUAUUGAUGAACAGUGCAAAUGGGAUUGCAUUUGGUCGUGCAAGACAGCCCAACCAGUAUCUUUUUUGAAGUUUUCUCCCGAUGGUACUUUAUUUGCAACGGCUGGGAAAACUGAUCGAUUAGUAAAAAUAUGGUACAGUAGCAAAAUUGUUAAGUUUUCUUCUCAGAAGAGCACUACAGGAAAUACAGAUGUGAGCUACACCUUCAUUUACAUUGCUCAUCCUCGAGCAAUAACAGGGCUGUCUUGGCGAAAGACUAGCAAAUUCAUGCCAAAAGAUUCUGUUGCCAAUAUGCUUGUGACUUCAUGUCGUGAUAAUAUUUGUCGCAUAUGGGUGCAAACAUUGAUUCCGGAAGAUGGUUUGGUAGAUCUUCAACAAAUAGAUGCCAUUGCUAACCAAAAUCUUAGAGUUCAGACACAGAGACAUCGUAGAAAAAUAAUGCAGCGGCUAAAACAUAUGAAGUCUUUCAACCAGUACAAGAAACAUCAAGCCAGCCAGUUUACAGAGGAUCCCCUUGAACCAAUUGCUGUUCUUCCUAGUACUUAUAGUGUACAUGACUUCCAUAGUUUUGGAAUUCAAGGUUCAGGAGUGACACCUAGCUUGCAUUUUCAUUUGGCUGGAAGCAUCAAUGCUGAAACAGAUAUUCCAUUAGUUCCUCGAUUAAGUGGUGGUCGUUCAAAGGAACCUAAUUUUGUUGUGCAUUGGUUAAACAAUAAAGAAAUGACAUUUACUCAUGCUGCAGAGCACCUUUUGCAGGAAGUUAGUGACAAAGUUCUUCAGCUGCAAAAUAGAAGAGAUAUAUUUAAUAUUGAGCAAGAUGUUGAAAAUUUAGAAAAUGGAAUUAAGCCUCAUGUACGAAGGCAGAGUAGUCAGACAAAGGCAGAAUCUGCAGAAAAUAUCAAUGAACUUUUGAGUAGUAAGACUUCACCAUCUGCUUCAUCAUCAACUUCUAUAGCUACGGAUUCAUCUCACUCACAAGCUCAGAGUCAUUCUGGCGACUUUAUUGAUAGAAAAAUAGAGAAAUUGCUUCGAGAAUGGCACAGAUCACCAGAUUUACUGUUUAGUGUUUAUCCUGUUGAUGGAAGCUUUCUUGUUUGGCUUGUUGACUGGUUGGAUGAAUAUAACCCUGGCUCUUUUCGCCAAGCUCAAGUGAGCUUUGCUUCUCGGAUUCCGAACGCCAUUCCAUUGGGAGAUGCAGCUACAAUGUCCCACCACAUGUUCAUGUAUUCCCCUCAUGCUGGGUUGGAUCUUCGAUUAGCCAUCAGUGCAUCUGCUUCUGAAAACUUGAUCAAAGACAAAGUAGAGAAAACUGAAGAUCCUGCAGCACAGUCCUCCUUAGACUAUGCUCAUUGGAAAGCAUAUAACUCCCAUUCUGGCAAGAACCUUUCUCAGAAUUGUGCCCUUAGUUCAACUACGCCUACUGUAUGUAUGUUAACUAAGCAUAAUAAUGGCAGCUUAAAUUUGUGGCACUUGUCAUUUUCUGAUAACUCCCAGUAUACUCAGGUAUUAAGUAUUGGCCAUUCUUCUCGGGUUUGUGGUCAUAGGUUUAGAAUCAAUGACAUAACUUGUCAUCCUGUUCUUCCUCUGUUAUUGACUACAUCUCAUCAUAAUUUACCUGAUAAAAGCCAAAAUAGAUCUGGUACAUCAAGCCCAUCUCUUCCUACUAGUCCUUGCAACUGCACCUCUAUUCCAAUGGGUCUACAAUCUGGUUUUUGCAGUGAGCUUAUUCUUUGGAAAGUUGAUCCUGUUGGGCCGUUAUCAAAAUCAGGUGGUGUGACAGAAUUAGCAAGAAUUAAUUCUCUUGAGACAGCUGCCUUUGCUAAUGUAGCAUGGAUUCCUACAUUAUUGCCUAGUACUACACAAGGAAGUAUAUCUAAUUCACCAAGUGCUUGUUUUGUGGCUUCUGAUGGAGUUCAGUUAAGAAUAUAUCAGGCAGUUAUUGAUGCUAGAACUUUACUCGCUGAAAUAUCUAGUUCAUCUCGGAGGAACAAUGUACAAGAUCUGAGCCAAAGUAGCAGCACCUCUUCUGGUUUAGGUUAUCGUCAUAGUACAUUGCAAGAUGCCUUUAAAAUUGUUAGUGAGCAAUCAACAUCUCGGCCCGGUUGUGUCAUUGAAUUAGAUUCAAUUUCAGAUGCUACUCAUGACUGGCACAACACUCAACUUCUUCAUGUGUUUCAAGAGCAACUUAUCUCCAGUUGUCCCCAAGAUCGAUGUACUAGAGAUGCAAGCAACAUCAGCUUGGUGCAGCCUGAUUUACAAGCAAUUGUGGAUCUUAGGCACAGUUCUGUAUUUGAAGAGCCAUUUUACCUUGUCAUUCUUGAAAAACAAGCUGAAAAUUCUGUUCUGCAUAUGUGGAGGAUAGUGAUUGCAUCUCCCUGUGGAGCAGAAGAUCAAGAUCAAAGUAGUUUUGCAUAUGUUCCUGAUAGCAAUCUGGUUCAGGAAAAUGAUCAUUCAAAUCAAUCUUCAAGAAGUCAGACUCCUGAAUUAAAUCGUGAAGGUGUUCAGUUUUCUCAAGCUUCCCCUCUCAGAAUUAGUACUAUGAAAGUCUGUACACAGAUUUUGCCACUUCCCGAAGACGUUGAAGUAGUUCAUGCUGCCCCUGCAGCUGGUCACCUGAGCUCUUCUAAUAUAUAUCCAGCUUGUUUUGCUCCUUAUCUCAUUUGUACUGCAUGUUCUGAUUAUUCUGUCAGGUUUUGGAAAUGUGAAAUUUCUUCUGCCGAAAAUAAAGACGAAACUGAAUACAAUUGGGUUGAAUGGGAAAUGAUGUUAAACAAGACAAGCAGCUCUGUAAAUGUUCCAGGUCAGCCAUUGUAUGUAAGUUGUGCCUAUAGUGGAAGAAUGGCAUGUGCAUUUAAGCACGGAAAAUCUUUCACCAGACAUAACUCCCAAAAUCCGGAAACCAGAUUUGUGAAUAUUGGUGUUUCAAUAUUUGAAUGUGAAUCCACUGGAGGAUCUGAAUGGAUGCUGGAGGAUACAAUAAAUCUACGAAAUGUUAGUCUUCCUUUGCCAAAAUUAUCUUUGAACUUAGAAUCCCUGUUUGACGCUUCACAGAGAAAUAAAAGAACUGCAGAUGCACUUAUGCAAAAACUUUCUACUGACGAAACAGUGAACGAACGGUUGCCAUUGCAACGACUCUUAUCUGUGCCUAGUUAUGCAACUUUACAAACUUUGAGGCAAGCAAUAACUGAAAAAGGUAAUCAAGAUCUUUUAGCUCCAAAGUCUCUUGUGCAAUUAGACUGGGUUUCAGCAGAAGAUGGAUCUCACAUCCUGACUGUUGCCAUUGGCUCUAAAGUUCUUCUUUUUGCACCUGUUUCUAACGAUAUUGCCCAGGCAAAUGUUCAAGCCAUGAAAGCUUCCAAAUCGGCCAGUCGUCCUCUUUUGAAGCAAGCGUCAUCAAUGGUGUUGCCAUUGUCAUGUAAUGAUGAAAUUAGGUGGAUGCGUAUAAGAAGCACUCCUCUUAAAACAGCCGAUUCCCUACCUCCGAUUCCAAUGCAUCUUUCUUGGGUUCGACAUGGCAUUUUGGUUGUCGGUAUGGACAGUGAAAUGCACAUAUAUUCUCAGUGGAGAGUUCCUCCCAAUGAUAAAGAAUCCAUACCUGGAGCUGAAAAAGAUGAGCCUCUUGUUGAUGAUAGAAAAUUAACUGAAGAGGAACUUUUAAGUAGAGCCCAAGAGUCUUCACAACUUCGUUUACCCACACCUUCAGGGACUUUAUCUCGUUCUACUUCUUCUUCAGUCCUUAGUGCUGCUACUGAAACAAAAAGAAAAAAGGCUGAACAUUCUAAGUCACAAAGGGAAAAGACUGAUACAUCUAGACAGGAUGCAACAAGAGAAAGUGUUGGCAGUGUUGGACCAAUGCCAGACUUUGGUCUAUUCGAAGCAAGCAGAUUGGCUUGUCCAGUACUGCCUCAGUACCAUCCGAAACAAUUAAUGGAAUUGCUAGGCUUUGGAAAACUACGAAGAGUGAAAGCCAUUCUUAGCCAUUUAGUGAGAUGUCUUUCUGGCUCUGAAAAUGUGAAGAAAACAUAUCUUCAAAUGCCUGAAUCUGCUGGCGUGGAAAGUGAAAAUGAUGCUGGUGGUAGAUCAUGGUCAAGGUCUCGUGCUUUGUCUUUAGCUGCUAGUACUUCUCCUCUGCCCCAUAGCCCAAAUGACCAUCGUGGUUCUAUUUCAGUGUUUCCAGAAGAAGUUACACUUGACUAUGUGGAGAUUCAGUCCAUUCCCCCACUCCCUCUUUUUACCCUAUUAGCUACUGAUAAGGAAACUCAUGUACAAACAUCACAAACAGCAAAUGAAGAGGAAAUACUGGAUCAGGAUUACAGUGGUCUUUUUGAUAUGUCAACAAAUAUAGAAGAUAGUUUAGACAAUAUUCUACAAGAAAAAUCUGCAUCUGUUGAGAGCAAAGUUGAAAGGCCAUCUUUCAGUGGAAAUGAAAGGAAAUUAAACUUAACAAAUUUUAGUCCUAAUCAGGCUGCACUGUUGACUCGUUUUUUGACUCAUUCCCACUUACCUGGUCUUUCAAGCUUAGAUCAAAUGCAUCUUCUUGCUUUGGCUGAUACAGUUGCCUCUUUCAACACAGCUGUGGCUGAUAGGUUUGGGGCAGAACCUGUUGUUGCAAAGGAUUCAAGUAAGAAUGCUGUUGAUGGUUUGAACGUAGCAGUUACUACAGAUUCUUUGGAUGAUUGCGGCUUGCGAUUUCUUCUUGCAAUGAGACAUUACACAUAUCUUCUGCGAUGCUUGCCUCUUGGUCAGCGUGCACAGCUACAAAAUCAAGGUCUCGGCAGUCAUAGCUUAGUUUGGGCCUUCCACUCUGAAACACAAGAAGAGCUGUUGCAGUUAGUUCCAUGUUGUCAGAAGGGCAAUCUGAAAUGGAGUGAGCUUCGAGAGCUUGGUGUCGGUUGGUGGGUUAGAAGCAAUACAGUUCUGCGUCGUUUGAUGGAGAAAGUUGCAAAGGCUGCAUUUCAAUUGAAGAAUGACCCCAUGGAUGCUGCUCUUUAUUACUUGGCUAUGAAAAAGAAAACCCUUGUGUGGGGUUUAUUUAGAUCAGUUUCUGAUAGCAAGAUGACUGCAUUUUUUCAAAAUAAUUUUACUCAAGAUAAGUGGAAAAAAUCAGCUCUGAAAAAUGCCUAUGCCUUACUGGGAAAACAGAGGUUUGAUCAUGCAGCUGCAUUCUUCCUCUUGGGGGGUGAUUUGAAAGUAGCGGUUGAAAUUAUAUUGAACCAUUUAAACGAUUUGCAACUUGCAAUGGUUGUAAUUCGACUUUAUGAGGGAGAAAUAGAAACAGUUACUCCAUCUCUUCGAAAAUUAUUGUUUGUUGAAGUAUUGGGCUGUGAGCCUGAUGGAACAAACUACAUACCUUCAAAAGCAUAUCCCGAUCCUUUUAUUCGCUGCAUGGCAAGGUGGAUUCUUCAAGAUUACUGUGGUUCUUUAACUACACUUUUACAGACAGAUGUUGGAUAUUCACAUCCAAAAGCUGCUGAAAUGGAAAACAACCAGGAUCGAACGUCAGCAAAUCCUAGCGUUUUCAAUUUUUAUUUGUUUUUACGAACUCAUCCUUUGGUGGUUCGCAGACAGCGUGCUCAGAAUUUGUCAGACAUGAAAAAGAGUAAAAUAUCUGUUAGGCAAGAUACUCAAAGUGAAGCAAGUGACAAUGAAGAGAAGCCAUUCGAAGACACUAUUACACCUUUGGAACGGAGAUUGUUCUUUACUACUGCCCAUGCCCAUUUUCGAGCCGGCUGCCCAGCACUUGCUUUAGAGGUUUUGUCACGCUUGCCCAACAGAGUAUUGACUGAUGGUCCAAUGUCACCAGAUGACGCUGUCUUUGAUUUUGCUAAUGUUAUCAAUGCUAAAGAUGAUAGCAUCGCUACAGGUACUUUUGUUGGGGACCAUAAGCCAAUGCUAACUAGUACCAACAAAGUAACCAGUGUAGACUGGGGUCAGCCAGUCACUUCAUCAGCUGGAAUCAAUUCUUCUUCUGAUAUUGAUUGGAGUAAACCAGUUUCUGCUCCAACUGAUACUUCCGAUUUUGAUUGGGGAGCACCAGUUUCAAGAUUUGAAGAACCAGAAUUGGAUUUGGACUUGAAAUUAAACAGCGACAGUGAAGGAUCAGAAGAUGGAAUUGAAAUAAAAACUGCUGAUAUUCCUGAGGAUGCGAAGAAAAUGGAAUCUAAAUCUAUUGCAAUUGACAUAAUGGCGCAACAACUGAAGUUCAUUGCGUGCUUAAAAAUUAUGAUGGAAGAGUUGAGUACUUUGGCCACAGGAUAUGAAGUUGAUGGAGGCCAAUUGCGAUAUCAGCUGUACAUUUGGUUAGAGAAGAGUGUUUCAGCGCUUAAAGAUUUGUGUCAUUAUGGCUGUAAAACUUCGCAAGAUUAUGACCAAUCUGCUGCACCCACUGAAUCUAUGGCAGUAGAUGGUAGUAAUGCCAACAGUGGUAAUUGGGACAGUGCAAUUGAUUUUCAAAGUCAAAAACCUUCUCUCCACGAGAUAUUGCUUGCAGAUAAGAUGGAUUUUGAAGCUAAACUGCAAAGGUCAAAUCGCCGUAAGCAGUGGUUGAAAGGAAAUGAAGCUUUGUUGAGGACAUUACUAAGCUACUGCAGUCUUCAUGGAGCUCAUGGAGGAGGCUUGGCAGCUGUCCGUAUGGAAUUAAUUUUGCUCCUUCAUGAGUUACAACAAGAAAGAUCUAGACAACAACUCCUUUCACCAUUACCAUUUCCUACUACACUUCCUCUUCUGGCAGCAAGUGUUGCUUGCCAGAAAACUGUAGUUGCAGAUCCCAUUCGACAUCUUCAGUCUCUUGUACAUGACAUCUUGUUAACAAUCAUUGACAUGACUGGACCUCCUACAAUGGCUGGCUCAUCAUAUACUCAUGUUAUUGUUCUAAGAGACUUAAGUACAUCCCUAUCAGCUUGCAUCUAUGAAUCAUUAUGUGAUAGUGAUACAUUUGUUGUAAAACAAGGUGGACCUAGAGGGCUUAGUAUGGAAGAACUUAUAAGUUCUGGUGUUGUGUAUCAAAACAGUCAUUUACUUGCUGGUAACAUUAGUAGGAAUAGACAUAACAGUUCUGAAGAGAAUGUUAAGGUUACCACAUCACCACAUAAGUGGCCAGGUGUUGCUUCUCUUCGAGCUCUUUUAGCGCAAGAUAAGGACGAAGACUCGCCCAAGUUACAUACACUGUUGUGUGAAGCAUUUGUCUGUGUAUAUCUUAGUCAGUUAAUUCAUGCCUUAGCAACAUAUGAUUGCCAUGUUUUAUAUCGGCUUGUAGGACAGAAUUUUACAAAAGAAACAUGGUCUUUGUUAUUUGGUGGUGGAACCAAGCUAUUAUUACAUAUGACAGCUGGGGCCUCUACUGGUACUUCAAUGGAGACUUCAGUAUCCCCAUCUAUUGAAAAAGAUGCUGAGGCAAGUUCAGGUUUACUCGAUUCUCUUUCUCGCCAAAGGAUCAAAUUCCAUAUGAAAUUGCUGGGUCAGCUGGGACAGCAAACUAGUCAACCUGUUAUCAAAGAAGAUAAGCCAAUGUAUCGAGAACAAUUUGUGCCACCGAAAAUGUCUAUGGUUUCCUUAUUUAUGUCAAAGGCUGAGCUUCCAACAGAAUGGCAUUCAUUGGAUUAUGAUUCAAAUGCUUCAUUACCAAGUGAUGAAGAAGAAGUGGAAGAAAAUGAAAUUGACGAUGUUUUUGGGGAAUCCACCGAAGGAGUUCAGAGUGCAUCUAGUCGUAAAAAAAUUGUUUCUGAUUCUGGUGGUUUGGAACAGUUAGAUCCUUCCUCAUACACUUGGGGUAUUCUUCGUUAUGCUGUUGUCAAAAUUGCAAUGAGACAUAUUACAGUAUUUUUGAAUAUUGCUGGAUUAGAACUACAAGAUUUGCCUGUUGUAAGUCCCUUAAUCUUAGCUGUGUUAAAAUGCUUGGAAUUUUGGAUAAAAGAUCUAAAGUUGUACAUGGAUUCUUUUGAAGAACCGCCUCCAAAUUAUAUUCCUGAAUGUUGUUCAUCUUCUAGUCAUAUUGGACCAGCAGUUUUGAAAUACUCUGCCUUGCUUGAUCUAAACAAUACUCCUUUUAGGUCUAAUCACCGUGUUGUCUUACCUGUAAAAAGAUUGUGGAAUUUCUUAGUUCGUCAGGAACAUGUUCAAGAUGUUUUUAUUCGUUACAUUUUUAGGAAGAAACUACGAAUUCUCAAGGAUGAAGAUGCUGCAGAACCUGGUGAAAACACAGAGAGCAAUCCUAACACUGUCCGAAUUAUUCAUAAAGAUCAAGAUACAAUAAAUACUUUUUGCAUUAGUAGGGUGAAAUCUGGUAUCAUAGCACUUGCAACUCAAAAAGAAAUACAAGAGUUGGAUAUUUCUGUUCUUCUUCAACCUACUCCAUGGCUAGAAAAUGAAGCAGAAUUUGAAGUUCUUAAUUUAUUGAGGUCUCCUGAUACUUUGCCGUCCACAGACUAUCUUGUAAUUCAACAUCCUAUGGAUACUAUUGGACCUAAUCUUUCAACAGGAUCUACACCCACUGGAUCAACACCUGGUUCCAUUGGUUCACACUCAUCUAAAAAUAUGAAAGGCCUCAACUUUCCUGGCAGUACUAAUCCACAAUUCUGCAAACUAGUUCUCGAGAGAAGCCGAUACAUGCUGAAGCCGCUGAAGAAACAUAAAAUGGACGGCAUUCGAAAGUUAACUUCACAUCCUCUCAUGCCUGUUUAUUUAUCUGGUUCUCAAGAUGGAUCAGUUAGUGUCUGGGAAUGGAAUCACACGCAACCUAUUUCAUCUCCAAGGCAGCCUGGAACUUUUGCCAAAGUUACAAGAAUUUUGUUUAAUUCACAAGGCAAUAAAUUUGGUGUUACUGAUGGAGAUGGUGUCAUAAGUUUAUGGCAAGUAGGGCUUGGAUCUGUGAGCAGUAGACCUUUCUUUUCAACCCAGUGUCAUAGUAAGCAAGCAAAUGAUUUUGCUUUCUUGAGUUCAUCCAGUUUAAUUGCAACUGCUGGACAAUCCAAUGACAAUCGGAAUGUUUGCCUGUGGGACACAUUGUUGCCUCAAGGAAAGUCUUUAAUAGCAGGUUUCCAAUGUCAUGACAGUGGAUGUUCUUCAAUACUUUAUGCUUCACAGAAUCAUAUUCUUAUUUCUGCUGGUAAAAAAGGAGAUAUCUGUAUAUUUGACAUAAGGCAGAGACAACUAAGGCAUAAAUUUCAAGCUCAUGAUUCUCCAAUCAAAUGCUUAGCCCUGGAUCCUGGUGAAGAAUUCUUUGCAACUGGAUCAGCUGAUGGAGAUAUUAAGGUAUGGGGUUUAAGUGUCCAUGUGAAACUAUGCUCCUUUGCUGGCGAGCAUACUAAAAGCUCCUUAUUUCGAAGCAUCAGCAAUGGAGUAUCUCAGUUGGAAAUAGAUGAAAUGGGCCGAUUAUUCUCUUGCGGUGCUGAUGGUUCACUGAAAUUGCGGACUCUUCCAGAUCAGGAUAUUGUCAACGCUGUGGUAUAAUUGUAAUAUUAAUAAUACGAAAUGCAACGAAGUCAGUUCUUUAGCUAAGGAAUGACCUGUGAUUUUUGGAUCUCUCUAUCUUUGACUGUUUGCUGCAUUGAGAAGCGACUGUUUUUCUCAGCUAUGUGUACUUCGAAAAUUCCAUGAUUCUUUGAUUGGUGCUGUUUUGAUUUCAUGUUGUUGUCAUUGAAAUUUGUCUGUAGUGAACAAGGCAAAAAUCAUAUCUUUGAAAUAUUUAUUUGUAAAUCAAAAAAAAAAAAAAAAAAAAGAAAGAAAGCCUGUGUUCUCGUUUUGUUUUGAAGAGAAUUAAAAAUUUUUGAUCAAGUGCUAAAAUCGAUAUAUGCAUAACGAGUAAAUCAAAAUGUCAUGACAGAAUUUGUAAUCACUUGAAGAUCUGUCUCUGUUGGAUAUCUGUAAUCUCCAGUAUUAGUUUUUCAGAAGAAUUGUGCAAUAUGUUUGUGUAUAUCCCAAUUUUUUUCAUAUUUGAAUCUGUUUCUAUGACUUCAUAUUCCAUUUUAACAUUCAAAAACGAAUUUUUACAUUCCAUUCUUUUACAUCUUUUUUUUUUCCUGUAUUUAAAAAAAAAACCCUAUUGCUUUUUAAAAUGCUGUCUGUGUGAAUAAAUGUUACAAAAUAAAUAUGUAGAUCAUUAAAUUUCAAGUUGAUUGAUCAAGCAAUGCAUUGUUUUAAUCAUGCACCUUAUUUUGCUCAAUUAAAUUGAAUAAAAGUUUCUGGUAAGUGUACCUUAAAACUAGUCUUGAUAUUUCCUACCAAAUUGGAAAUAUUACUUCAAAAUGUGUUAACUUUCUCUUGAACGCGUCUGUGAUUGUCGGUAUUUGUUGAAAAAAAAAAUAUAGAUGUUGUAUAUUACAUUCAAGAAAGUUUAUUAAAAAUGAAAACUAAAGUAUUUAACUCAUUAUUCUAGAAUAAUUAUUUAGAUGUUGCCAUUUAUAUAUUUAUUCAAGUUUGUUUUGAAAAGAUAGUGAUAUUACUUAAUAUAUAUUUUAAGUUUGUAAAGAAAUGUAAAUUAUGUAAUUUUUUUUUGUUGUGAUGCUAGAGCUAAUGAAUGUUUAUAUAGUAUUAUGGUGUGUAUAAAAAAAAGGCACAAAAUAUCUUUAUCAGCUAUGACUUUAUUGUAAUUGCUGCCAUACAAAACGGAAUAAGAAGGAAUAAAACUUGUACAUUGUAUUUCA